CUUAAACAAAAGUGAAGUACUCGUCUAACAGAGAAUUUUUAGUGACAAGAAGUGGCUUGUAAAUGGAGUGAAAGCAAAAAAAAAGGAGAAAACGAAGAUGCAGUAGAACCGAGAAAAGCAACGAAAAAUAUACAAGACAGAAAAGACAGCAACUGAAUACGUUCCAUCGCAGCAUUUAAACGAAUUCUAAUAAGAUUUACCAAACGUUCCUCAUCGAGUACAGAGAUGGCGUUACUUCAAGCAGCCAAGAGUUUCUUCCUUCGAAGACCAUUGAUCGCCAAUAGCAUCGUUUACGGAUCCCUGUACGUUGGGGCCGAAUUUUCGCAACAAACUGUCACAAAAAAAGUUUUGGCAAAGACUCCUGAAGAACUUGAUAAGCCCUCGUUGGCUCGUUAUGCGGUUAUGGGCACUUUUAUGUACUCUCCAAUGUUAUUUUAUUGGUAUCGAUGGCUUGAUAAAUUCCUUCCGGGAACAGCUCGAAAGACAAUCGUCAAAAAAUUGCUCAUGGAUCAAUUUUUGUUUACGCCGCAAUUGUUGGUUGUCUUUUUCACAGGCAUGUCUCUAAUGGAAGGAAAACCCCCAUUCGACGAGCUGAAGGAAAAAUUCGUGCCAACGUUCGCCAAAUCUUGUCUCUUCUGGCUACCAGCUCAAACAGGCAACUUCAUGUUCAUUCCGCCGCAAUUUCGUGUCAUCUACGUUGGAGCGUGUGCCUUUGCUUGGGUCAACAUUCUUUGCUGGGUAAAACGCCAAAACGUCUCUUCAGAAGAAACUCAAGCAAUUGAAGCAAAAUCCGCAUAAAUUUACUAUAAAAAGUGCAAAUUAACCGAAAAAUAGUGGAAAAAAAUUAAAAAUCACCGCCAAUUUACGCCUUUAUGAAAAAAAAAAUCAAGCCAAGCGUGGAAAAAUUUAUAAAAUAAAAA